GCUGCCCCAGGCAGAACCACUCCGCUCACCACCUGAAUAAAUUUGACUGGACCCCGAUUAUCUGGGUGAAUAGGCCUCUGCCCCUCUGGGGGCUGCAGGUGCUGGUGGCUUUGAUCAGUUUCCUGGAGACGAUGCUGCUGGUGUAUCUCGGCUACAAGGGGAACUUGUGGGAGCAGGUUCUGCGGGUUCCCUUCAUGCUGGAGAUGAUGAACACAGCACCUUUCCUCAUCACCGUGUUCUGGCCCCCGCUGCGCAAUCUCUUCAUCCCGGUGUUCCUGAACUGCUGGCUGGCCAAGCACGCCCUGGAGAACAUGAUUCAGAACGAUCUCCACCGCGCCAUCCAGCGGACGCACUCCGCCAUGUUCAACCAGGUCCUGAUUCUGGUCUGCACCCUGGUCUGCCUGAUGUUCACCUGCAUCUGCGGGAUCCAGCACCUCGAGCGCGCGGGCAACAACCUGACCCUCUUCGACUCGCUCUACUUCUGCAUCGUCACCUUCUCCACCGUGGGCUUCGGGGACGUCACCCCCAAGAUCUGGCCCUCCCAGCUGCUGGUCGUCAUCAUGAUCUGCGUGGCGCUCAUUGUCCUGCCCAUCCAGUUCGAGCAGCUGGUCUUCCUGUGGAUGGAGCGCCAGAAGUCGGGGGGCAACUACAGCCGGUACCGGGCGCAGACGGAGAAGCACGUGGUGCUGUGCGUGAGCUCCCUCAAGAUCGACCUGCUCAUGGACUUCCUCAACGAGUUCUACGCCCACCCCCGCCUGCAGGACUACUAUGUGGUGAUCCUGUGCCCCACGGAGAUGGACGUGGCGGUGAGGCGGGUGCUGCAGAUCCCGCUCUGGUCCCAGCGCGUCAUCUUCCUGCAGGGCUCGGCCCUCAAGGACCAGGACCUCAUGCGGGCCAAGAUGGAUGACGCAGAGGCCUGCUUUAUCCUCAGCAACCGCUUCGAAGGGGACCGGAUCGCGGCGGAUCAUCAGACCAUCCUCAGGGCCUGGGCGGUCAAGGACUUUGCCCCCAACUGCCCCCUGUAUGUGCAGAUCCUCAAACCCGAGAACAAGUUCCACAUCAAAUUCGCAGAUCACGUGGUCUGCGAAGAAGAAUUCAAGUACGCCAUGUUGGCUCUGAACUGUGUGUGUCCAGCCACGUCCACCCUCAUCACACUGCUGAUCCACACCUCGCGGGGACAAACUGCCCCCAUGGAGCCCUUCAAGCCGCGGCCGAGCGCCUGGCAGCCCCUGUCCAGAGACGGCCCCGCCUCGCCGGAGCAAUGGCAGAGGAUGUACAGCCGCUGCUCGGCUAACGAGGUCUACCACGUCCGGCUGGAGGACAGCAAGUUCCUGGGCCAAUACCAGGGCAAAAGCUUCACCUACGCAUCCUUCCACGCCCACAAGAGGUACGGGGUGUGCCUGAUCGGCGUGUGCCGGGAGGACAAGAACAACAUCCUGCUGAACCCAGGGCCCUGCCACAUCCUGGCCUCCUCCGACACCUGCUUCUACAUCAACAUCUCCAAGGAGGAGAACUCGGCCUUCAUCUUCCGCCAGCAGGAGCAUCUGCACCAGAGCCGCCGGGCCCCCCCGGCUUACCACGGCCUGACGCGGCUGCCCGUGCACAGCAUCAUCGCCAGCAUGGGGACGGUGGCCAUGGACCUGCCGGACUCUGGCAGCAGCCCGGACAGCGCGGACGGGACCACGCUGGGCCUGCCGGCCGACCCGAUGGGCACCGAGAAACGUCACAGCAUCGCCCCCGUGCUGGAGGUGGUGGACGCCAUCCCCAGCCCCACCUUCGACCUCCUGAGCGACCAGUCGGAGGACGAGGCCACCCACUCUGACGACGACGCGGCCGCCUCCAGCACCUGGGUGAAGGGUUACCCCGCCAACUCCCCCUACAUCGGCAGCUCCCCCACCCUCUGCCACCUGGUCCAGGAGAAGAUCCCCUUCUGCUGCCUGCGGCUGGACAAGAGCUGCCACCACUACCCGUACGAGGACGCCCGCGCCUACCACUUCCAGAACAAGCUCAUCAUCGUCUCGGCCGAGAGAGCCGCCAACGGGCUGUACAACUUCAUCGUGCCGCUGCGGGCCUACUACCGGCCCCGCAAGGAGCUCAACCCCAUUGUGCUGCUGCUGGAGAACACGCCAGAGACCCAUUUCCUGGAGGCGAUCUGCUGGUUCCCGCUGGUCUAUUACAUGGUGGGCUCCAUCGAUAACCUGGACGACCUGCUGCGCUGCGGCGUGACCUUUGCUGCCAACAUGGUGGUCGUGGACAAGGAGAGCUCCAUGAUCGCGGACGAGGACUACAUGGCCGACGCCAAAACCAUCGUCAACGUCCAGACGCUGUUCAGGCUGUUCCCAGGCCUGAACAUCAUCACGGAGCUGACGCACCCGGCCAACAUGCGCUUCAUGCAGUUCAAGGCCAAGGAUCGCUACGCGCUGGCCCUGUCCAAGCUGGAGAAGGAACGGGAGAACGGCUCCAACCUGGUAUUCAUGUUCCGCCUGCCUUUCGCUGCGGGGAAGGUCUUCAGCGUCAGCAUGCUGGACACGCUGCUCUACCAGUCGUUCGUGAAGGAUUACAUGAUCUCCAUCACCCGCCUGCUCCUGGGACUUGACUCCAUGCCAGGCUCCGGCUUCCUGUGCGCGCUGAAGGUGACCGAGGACGACCUGUGGAUCCGCUCGUACGGGCGCCUCUACCAGAAGCUCUGCUCCAGCACGGGGGACAUCCCGAUCGGCAUCUACCGCACCGAGAGCCACCUGUUCUCUGCCGCCGAGCCGCAGGUCUCCGUCAGCGUGGAGGACUACGAGGACACGCGGGAGCCGCGCGACGCCCUGAUCUGCCGCCUGGGGCCCCGCGACUCCACGGGCAGCGACCAGGCCGAGCAGCCGUUGCUGCGCCGCAAGAGCAUGCAAUGGGCCCGGCGGCUGAGCCGCAAGGGCGGGCGCCACCCCAGCAAGACGGCGGCCGAGCGCAUCAGCGAGCAGCGCCUGACGCUCUACCGCCGCUCCGAGCGCCAGGAGCUCAGCGCCCUGGUCAAGACCCGCAUGAAACACCUGGGGCUCUCGGCCGCCGGAUACAUGGACAUGAUGGACCACGGCAACACGCUGUCCUACAUCCUGCUCAACCCCUCGCCCGACACGCGGCUGGAAAUCAACGACGUGGUGUAUCUCAUCCGGCCCGACCCCCUGACCCUGGUCUCCGCCAGCAGCCCCAGCCGGAAAGCCAGCGUCAGCCGCUCCGAGGACCUCAAGGACAGCACCCACCUGUGACCCCAGCCAGGAGACACGUGCCAACACUGUGACCCCCCGUCCCCCCUUCUCGGCAAUGGACUCUGCCAGCCCCCGAGCCCAGAUCUGCCCCCAGAGCACCGGGCACCUGCUGGGAGGGGCUUGGUCCUGCCGCCACCAGACCCGGUGCUGCCUCCAGUCUUUACGGCUCCCGGAGCCAUGGGGGCGCCGCCCAGAGAAGACUUGGGGCCGUGCCUGUUGUGGGUCCAGUGCUUUUCCAUCGGCUCUGGAAAGACCAGCCCUGUCCCCAGCGCAGGCAGACAGGCUUGCCCCGCUGUGCCCGUGCCCACUGCCCCAUGCCUCCUGGCACUCCAGCUGGCUGAGAUGGGCCCCGCGCCCUGCCCCAUGCUUUCCAGCCCCAGAGAUGGGAAUCCGGCCCCCGAGGCUGGGGGCGCCCCCUGGCAUGCCAAGGCCCUUAGGGCAUUUCUCCUUGGCAUCAGCCCAUGCCCAGUCUCUCUUCCAGCUUGGAUUGGGUUGUGUGCCCCUCCGGUCCCCCCAGGCAGCUCCCCACCCCCAUGCUGGGACCAGGUUGGAACCAGGGAGCCGAGCUGUCCGCGCCGGGCACCCCUCCUGUUUAAGGAUUGAGGCCGGGCAUGGUGGGAAAUGCACUGCCCCCCGCCCCCAGCCACUGGUGGAAUGUAGAGCCCCUCCCCGGGCCCGGGAUAUGGGCCAAGGGACUUCUUAAUGCCAGAGAUUCCUCCGGCUCUGGUCUCACUGUGAACAUGGGCUCUUAGAUGUACAGAUACAAUAAAACUCAAGAGGAUCUCUA